GGGCCCACCUACAUCCCCAAACCUGUGAGCUGGGCCGAUGAGACCGAUGACCUGGAGGGGGACGUGUCCACGGCAUGGCACAGCAACGAAGACGACGUGUACCGGGCCCCCCCCAUCGACCGCUCCAUCCUGCCCACCGCCCCCCGCGCCGCGCGGGAGCCCAACAUCGACAGGAGCCGCCUGCCCAAGUGCCCCCCGUACACGGCCUUCCUGGGCAACCUGCCGUACGACGUGACCGAGGAGUCCAUCAAGGACUUCUUCCGAGGCCUCAACAUCAGCGCUGUGCGCCUGCCCCGGGAGCCGACCAACCCCGAGAGGUUGAAAGGGUUUGGCUACGCCGAGUUUGAAGACAUCGACUCCUUGUUCCAGGCACUGAGCCUCAACGAAGAGUCCCUAGGGAACAGAAGGAUACGCGUGGACGUCGCUGAUCAGGCUCAGGAUAAAGAUCGCGACGACCGCUGCUUUGGCAGGGACCGUGACCGCUUCCGCGACUCGGAGAGGUUUGAGAGCGACUGGAGGGCCCGGCCCGCCACCACCGACAGCUUCGAUGACUACCCGCCACGCCGGGGCGACGACAGCUUUGGCGACAGGUAUCGGGAUCGCUACGAUGAUCGAUAUCGUGAUGGCCCGCGCAGGGACAUGGACCGCGGCUUCGGGGGCCGGGACCGCUAUGAUGACCGCAGCAGGGAUUACGACCGAGGCUACGACUCGCGGAUAGGCAGCGGCAGGAGAGCCUUCGGCAGCGGCUACCGCCGGGACGAUGACUACCGGGGCGGCAGCGACCGCUACGACGACCGCUACGACCGCCGCGAUGACCGCAUGGACAGGUGGAGUACGCGGGACGAUUACGGCCGCGACGACUUCCGCCGCGAUGACCGAGGUCCCACCCAGCGGCCGAAGCUGAACCUGAAGCCGCGCAGUGCACCCAAGGAGGAGGAGGCAGCGGUGGCCCCCGCACCGCAGUCCAGCCGGGCGGCCUCCAUCUUUGGGGGGGCCAAGCCGGUGGACACGGCCGCCCGCGAGCGCGAGGUGGAGGAGCGGCUGCAGAAGGAGCAGGAGAAGCUGCAGCGGCAGCUGGAGGAUGACAAGCGGAUAGACAGGCGGCCCCGGGAGAGGCACCCCAGCUGGCGCAGCGAGGAGAACCAGAACCAGGAGCGGUCGCGGACGGGGAGCGAGUCCUCGCAGAGCGGCCCCCCUGGCCCCGCCGCAGGCACCGGCCCUACGGGCAGGACCACGCGGCGGAGGGAGAGUGAGAAGUCCCUGGAGAACGAGCCACUCACCAGGGAGGACGAGGCACCCUCGCCCCCCGCCCGGCCCCAGGAGGAGAAGCAGCCCCUCAAGGCCAUGCCCGCGCCUCCCCCCAAGGAGAACGCCUGGGUGAAGCGCAGCGCCAACCCUCCCGCACGCCCCCCCGGCUCGGAUUCGGAGCAGCACUCCCCCCCUAGCAGCCAAACGGCGCCUGGCCUGCCCCUGGAGGAUGGUGUGGCCCCGAGGAGCACCCCUAGGAAAGGAGACGAGAGCAAGGCGGACGGCGCCCGGGAGACUGGCCCCAAGGCACGAAGCGGCAGCUCUGGCCGCGGCCCAGGAGAUGCUGAGCGGAAGGAGAGCAGGAAGGAUCAUGAUGUGAGACCUGCGCCUGAGCCAAAGAAACUCGACGAGAGUCCAGCCUCCCAGUUCAGCCACGCCAGCAAGUACGCGGCGCUGUCGGUGGACGGUGAGGAUGACGGCGAGGAUGAGGAGAGCGCCGAAUGAGGGCCUCGCGCUGCCCCCCGUGCCCCCCGGGGAGCCAAAGCAAACCUGUCCCUGCAGGCCCAAAUAAAUCCUGAAAGUCAGCACCUCCGGAGACCCUUCUUAAACUUCUUACCGCAGGAA